AGUGUGCAGGAUGAUGUAGGUUUAAUACUAGGAGGGAUGUUGUCUGCAGAAUGAGGGACUAUGACGCACGAGUUCAAGCCCCUUGUUCCAGCUACAUUGAAAGGCAAAGCGACAUUCUCAAUCUCCAAUAACCGUAUAAACAGGGUCACCACAUCCUCGACUGGAACUCCCACAGCCAAUGUUGCGUCUACACACGACACCAAGCAAGGGCGGGGGAGUGAGGUAGCGCGGCGUGGAAAUGAGGUAGUGCAACCCAGACAGCUCCAACCUAUUGUACCCCGCAUGACACCUAAUAAAGCAUCUGCUUCGGGCAGUUCUCAGAAAGUUAUUCUAAACACUUCGGGGAGUGCUAAGUUCCUCCUCGUAAAUACAUCCCAGAUGAAACCGCCUGCUAAGCGUGGGGCUGCUAGUCAAGUGUCCCACGUGUCCAUCAAGCGACCUAACAACAAGCCUUAUCAGCCUAUUUUACCCUACGCUCCACCUCAUCGCCCUGUAGAGCAGCUAAACACAAGUGUGCUGCCUUCUCGGACACAGCCAGUUCCUACUCUUCCAAAGCAGCCUGUUUCCUCAGCUAUUGACGGUGGGAUAUAUCCCCGACCUAAGAAGCCUUGCAACUGUACCAAGUCGAUGUGUCUGAAACUGUACUGCGAUUGUUUUGCUAACGGAGAGUUCUGCAGUGGUUGUAACUGUCAGAACUGUCACAAUAACAUUCAGCACGAGAGCGAGAGAUCGAGAUCCAUUAAGACCUGCUUGGAGAGAAACCCGCUAGCAUUCCAUCCCAAGAUCGGGAAAACGUUCCAAGGUUCCGAGGGAACCUCAGAUGCCAGACAUCAUUCUAAGGGGUGUCAUUGCAAGCGGUCUGGAUGUCUCAAAAAUUACUGCGAGUGUUACGAAGCUAAGAUCCCAUGUUCCUCCCUGUGUAAAUGUGUGGGCUGUAAGAACUACUCUCAGACACACAGCACACUGCAAGAGCUGGCGGAUGUGGCUGUGGUGCGUCAUCAACAACAAAGCAGCGUCAGCGCUAAGUUCAGUUCCCAGCUUCACAAUAUGAGCCACUCUGCACCUGACCUCGCUCCUCUUGAUGAUAUGAACCUUGAUUGUUUGAGCAUGAACUUGGCCGCUGCGACUUGCAGGUGUCUUUUAUCGGCGGGAUCACAUGCAGUGGAUCACUACUUUAGCAUGGAAACUAUUGAGAAAGCAAUAAUCGAGGAAUUUGGCCAGUGCCUCAACAAAAUUAUCGAAAAAGGAAUGCAGAAACCUCCGAUCAAAACGGAGCCACCUCCUACAGGGAAAAAGUGAAUGUAAAUACAAUUAAUUACGAAAUAUACAUACAAGUUUUGAUUGUUUGCCGUUUGGGGAUAAAUUUUUCAGUUUUAUCAGUUUUCUUUUGUUCGUAGGUAGUUGAUUUGGAGAUUAUUGUAAAGAAUUAGUUUCUUAACCUUGUUAGCACUAUUAUACACACUUUCUAGGCGCAUUAGUAGUUGAUUUAAAGCUUAUCAUAAAACGUUAGUUUCUAAACUUUCUUAAAAUUAUUAUACCCACUUUCUUUAUCGUCGGGAGCCAUUUUGAUUUUUGAUGUGUAUUUAUAAAUUAAUUCGGAAAUCAAUCUCCCUCUCUUAAGUUUUUCACUAAAAAAUCAAAAAGUUUACAGUUGACGAGUUACAGUUUUAAUAGUUGAGGCAAUUUUGGGAUUUAAUCUGUAUUCGACUGAGUAGCAUGGCACUAUUUCGAAAAUACAUAUUUUUAUACCAGCUUUAAACCAAAUUCUUUAUGUAUGUCGAAAUGCAAUUGAUGCUGUUUUAUAAGUUUUAAUUUCGAACUUGAAUUAUUAUGGUGAUAUAUUAUAAACUGUUUAUAGUAGCAAAUAGCUUUAGGCGAUAUAGGUCAAAUACCAUUAUGUGUUAUGUAUUACUGUGAUUACCGUUUAUUUAGCUGAAUUAAUCAUUUUCAGGCUUUGCUUUAUACAUACAU